GAAUGGACGCACCUCGUUUAUGACAGUGAAGAAAAGAGAGGGGGAAAAAAAGCUCCUUCCAUUCUCUGUUGCUCGGUCAGAUGCUGCUAUUGUUCUAAUCAAGUUCACAUGAGCUGCUGGUGGGUCUCAAUUAAUUAGCACAGCAGUCCCAUGUCUGAACUUUACUCCCUCUGACCAUUCUGCUACUCCGCCUUCCUUGUUCCCAGCUUCUCUCCUUCCUCUUAUCAGACUCCUAAAUGUCACCUCCCCCUCUGGCUUUUAAACUUUUCUGGUGUUUACUGCUUCAGAGAAGUGCCCUACAAGCUGUGCUUCAUCAUGGCUCCAGAAAAGGAGAGCAACGGUCUGGAAAACUAUGCCUUUUCACUUGACGGACACUUCUGUGAACUACCUGAUGCCAAGAGUGAAGAACUGGACUCCUCUCUGGACGAAGACGACAAUAAACUUGUCUACUGUGUGACUGAUGUACCUCCGUGGUAUCUGUGUAUCAUUCUAGGCAUCCAACACUGCCUCACAGCAUUCGGAGGAAUAAUUGCCAUCCCAUUAAUCCUGUCUCAGGGACUGUGUCUUCAACAUGACGGCCUCACUCAAAGCCAUUUCAUUAGCACCAUCUUUUUUGUCUCUGGCCUUUGUACGCUGUUGCAGGUCACCUUCGGUGUGAGGUUGCCCAUCCUUCAAGGUGGCACUUUCACAUUGCUGGCCCCUUCCAUGGCAAUGCUGUCCAUGCCCGAGUGGACUUGUCCGGCUUGGACCCAAAAUGCAAGCUUGGUCAACACUUCUUCUCCAGAAUUCAUCGAUGUGUGGCAGAGUCGAAUCAGAGCACUCCAGGGCUCCAUAAUGGUAGGUUCACUUUUCCAAGUGUUCGUUGGUUUUUCUGGCCUCAUUGGUCUCUUUCUACGCUUCAUUGGUCCCCUCACCAUCGCUCCAACGAUCUCCCUCAUUGGACUGUCACUGUUUGACUCAGCUGGAACAAGCGCUGGCAACCACUGGGGCAUCUCUUCUAUGACCACAGCGCUGAUCAUUCUGUUUUCACAGUACCUUCGACACAUACCUGUGCCUUUUCCUAAGUACAGCAAGGCCAAGAAACUGCACACCACUCGUGUCUACGUCUUUCAGAUUCUCCCGGUUUUGCUGGGCAUCACAUUUUCCUGGCUCAUCUGUUACAUUCUGACCAGCUUUAAUGUAUUUCCUGCUGGCCCCAGGCAGUGGGGGGAGCUGGCGGAUUUAAAGGGAGAUGUUAUAGGCCAAGCUUCCUGGUUCAGUUUCCCGUAUCCAGGUCAGUGGGGCAAGCCGACAGUGAGCCUGGCAGGAGUAGUUGGCAUCCUGGCUGGUGUCAUCUCCUCCAUGAUUGAGUCUGUCGGGGACUACCAUGCCUGUGCCAGACUCUCUGGUGCUCCGCCUCCUCCUAAACAUGCUAUCAACAGAGGUAUUGGCGUCGAAGGACUGGGCUGUUUGCUGGCAGGAGCCUGGGGUACAGGCAACGGCACCACCUCCUACAGUGAGAAUGUUGGAGCUCUUGGGAUUACAAAGGUUGGCAGUCGCAUGGUAAUAGUUACAAGUGGAGUGUUGAUGAUUAUCAUGGGUCUGUUUGCUAAAGUGGGUGCUAUAUUUACCACCAUCCCAUCACCCGUGUUAGGAGGCAUGUUAAUGGUCAUGUUUGGUGUCAUCUCUGCCGCGGGAGUUUCAACCCUCCAGUAUGCAGAUAUGAAUUCAUCCCGUAACAUCUUUAUAUUUGGCUUCUCUAUAUUCUCUGGCCUAGUUAUUCCUAACUGGAUAAUGAAAAACCCAAAUUCGUUUGCUACAGGCGUGACCGAACUUGACCAGGUGCUGCAGGUACUUCUGACUACCAGUAUGUUUGUUGGAGGCUUCUUAGGCUUCAUCUUGGACAACACUAUUCCAGGAUCUAAGCAUGAACGAGGCAUUCUUGCUUGGAACAAAGCUCACGAGGAUGACUCCUGCAACACACUGGAAUGUGGAGAAGUCUACAACCUUCCCUUCAGCAACAGAUUUCGUUGGCCCUCCUGGCUACGGUAUAUACCAUUCUGUCCUCCUGAUGUCUCUGGCUCUUUAGAUGGAUCUGGAGCAGACACCAGCUCCUUGGAGACAAAGCAGCAGCUCGGGCACUCAGAGCCAGCACAGAUCAUUUGUAGUGUCUCUCUAUGAGCUGUUGCAAACUUAGUUUACAAGAACAUUAGCACAGAAGCAGUUCACGUUGUACCUUAAAUGCGUACUCCAUUAAAGACACUGUACUGUAAUAACUUAAAUAACUAAAAAAAAGAGGAAGGUAAAAAUUACUGGAUAAUAUAAUAAUACUGGAUUUAUUUUAAAAGUAUAUAAGAGUAUAUUGACACUGAAGGCAUGCAAAUGUAAGUAGUAGGGGAUGUAUAAGAAGCCUCAGUAACACAUCCAGUGUAUAUUUUGUACAUACAAAUACUCAUGUUUGAUUGAAAUUUGUGUUGUGUAUCAAAUAUUUUAUCAUCAAUCCCUUUACUCUGUUGAUGUGUUUUCUCUAUAAAAAUUACUAUAAAAAAAUAUUCUUUUCAGCCUUAACAUCUACUGAAAGUUGUUUUUUUUUUUUUAAU